CUCCUCCUGAAUGAUUUCUUUAGAUGGUAGCUGGACCUGAAACAGGAAGAGGUCACUGGGAGCUGGGAAGGAUGAGUUCCUGCAGCAACAUCUGUGGGUCCAAGCAGGCACAGGCUGCCACUGAGGGCGGGUACCAGCGCUAUGGAGUCCGGUCCUACCUGCACCAGUUUUAUGAGGACUGUACCACCUCAAUCUGGGAGUAUGAGGAUGAUUUCCAGAUCCAGAGAUCACCUAACAGGUGGAGCUCAGUAUUCUGGAAGGUCGGACUCAUCUCGGGCACAGUCUUUGUGAUUCUCGGAUUGACUGUUCUGGCAGUGGGCUUUCUUGUGCCCCCCAAAAUUGAAGCCUUUGGCGAAGCCAAUUUCGUGGUAGUGGACACGCACGCUGUCCAGUUUAAUGGAGCCCUUGACAUGUGCAAGCUGGCAGGUGCCGUUCUCUUCUGCAUUGGGGGCAUGUCCAUGGCAGGGUGCCUGCUGAUGUCAGUGUUUGCCAGAAGCUACUCCAAAGAAGAGAAAAUCCUUCAGCAAAAGUUUAAAGAGCGAAUUGCAGACAUCAAGGCCCACCCCCAGCCCAUUACGAGAGCUCCAGGCCCAGGGGAAACAAAGAUACCAGUCACUUUGUCCAGGGUUCAAAAUGUUCAGCCUGUAUCAGCCACCUGAAAUGUUUUCCACCCCAGCCUCCCCCUCUCCUCCUAAUGUUACAAGGUGUUACGAGGGAGCAGGCCAGUUCAGGAGACGAUGAGCAUUUGAUGUUGACCUGCCCCACCUAGGGUUGUGCUCUGCUACGGGCAGCAUGGGAAGUGAGCUCACACUCAUUCCCUUCAGUGGCCCUGGGGACAGUUGAUGCCAUGUGUCAGCCUGUCACCUCUGGAACUCCUCUCUCAUAUAUUGUGACUUUGUGUCAUUUUCCAUGUUACUGGAAAGCGCUGAACAGUUUAGACCAGCCUACCGAUGGCUAAUGUGGUCCGUCUUACUUUCCAAUGUUGGUUCUUCUAAUCUUUCCUGUGUGGUGCUGCCUUCCUUUCCUUGUCUCACUACAUGUAAGAUACUGUUGUGUGUGUCCACAGAAAAAUCACGUUCCCUGAUUUUGACUCAGACAUUGGUCUUUUAACCAUAACUUGAGGUUCUUGAGAUCAAACACGUACCUAUCGGGAUUCUCCACCAAUCUUUUUGUUGUUGUUUUCUCCAGUUUUUCCUUCCACUUAAAAAGCUAAAAUUGACAACUGGAGAAUCUUGGGAAAGAAACUAGUAUUAAGAGAAUCUAUUUAUGUAGUGUCCAAGAGCACUGAGUUAGAAGCCAAGAAAUUUGAGUUCCUAUUAAUAACCAGCUAUGUGAUUUUGGGGAAAGCGCUUCACCUCUCCAGGCCUCAGUUUCCCCGUCUGUAGCUGGGGCUCCUGGUCUGUGAUGUCGGAGCUUCCUUUUUUGCCGCGUGUCCUCGUGUUUCCACGACGAAGGAUGUUUACGGUGUUCUUUGUGGCUCUCGCCACAGUGGGAUUCUUCCAGAAGGUCGCCAAGUCAGCAGCCCCCAUGCCAUCUACUCUUAAAUCUCCAACCCCAGCAGUUUACACAAUGCCGUCCUAUUUUUUAUAAAGGCAAAAUAAGCCAUCCGCAGAUAAGGAACCCCUGAGUAAAUGAUAACUUUUAAAAGGGUCUUCAUUCUCCAAGAAGAUGUUUUCUUCUCCAGUAAAAUGUACCUCUCAUCCCUUUGCACUUUUAUUUAAUCUGUGGAUUUCAGCUAGACUGAGGAAAGUGGAACACAUGACCUUGGUAUCCUCUCAGAAUCUGUGCCACCUUCCAGGGUUUUUUUUUCCCCUUCCUUCACUGGAUAAAUAAAAUAUGUGAA